AUGUGCAUCACACCAUACAUGUUCAUCCUCUCUCUUCUCUCUCYUUUCUCUCAAGGUUUKCUGUUCUCGGUUUCCAAAUCUCUGCAAGAGCUGGAAGAUGAAGAYACWUUGCUAUCUACAUUAAAUCUGGGAAAAACCCUCCGAAAUGGAGAUCAAACURUGAACAGGGGAGCUCUACCUUUGCUGAAGCAAAUCAAGACUGAGGACAGCAGGGUUUUCAAUGAAAAGAAUGCUGGAAACAUGGAGUUUUUGGACAGAGGUUCCAGAGAUGAUUUCUUCAAUCAUGUUAUGCCAAACAGCUCAGGCAGAAAGCAGCCACCCCAUCCUGCACUGAAGGGAGCCCUGGCUUUUCCAGCUGACACUGAAAUCCAAAACAUUGAGUCAAUACAGCAAAGAGAGAUCACAGACGAAGAAAAUUCAGCUAAAUUCCCUAUAGGAAGAAGAGAUUUUGACACUGUCAACAUACCAUCCAUGUGA